UAGCUUCCCCAAACUUUACUAGUCGGAGAUCGUGCUAGCUCGCUAGCUAUGCCCCCUAAAAAGAAUGGAAAGAAGGGUGUAGACAAGCCAACCAAGAAAGAAGGCAUGGGAUCUGGAGAAAAAGGCGUUCCUGAUGAUGAGUUAUCCGAGGAAGGCAAAGAAUUUUACCGGGCUCAAAUACGAGACUUGGAAGAGCGACUAGAAAAAUAUCAACAGAAAUGUGACGAGCUGGAAGUUCGGGAGAAAGAUUUUUCCACCAGCUACAACAUUGUAGAGAGAGAGAAGAAGGACAUAGUGCUCUAUCUGAAACGCUCCUUGACCCAAAAAGAGGAAGAGUUCACUGAUCUGUCAAAUAAGCUUCAGGCAUUACAAGUAGCCAAAGAUGCCGAGAAGGAGUCGUUUGAGAUGCAGCUGAGCAUUCUUCGCCAUGAGCUUCAGGAGAAUAAAGACAAGCUCACUUCAGAGAAUAUGGCCCUAGCGGGGAAGUUAGCUGCUCUGGAGGAAUUCAGUGUGCAGAGAGAUGAGCUAAUGUCUCUGCUGGUGUCUCUAAAAGAACAGCUGGCACAACAGAAGCAGGAGCACCAAACAACCAUCUACAAUCUGGAGAGGAAGGCCAUCCUGGACAAUGACAGACUGAAGAAAGAGAUGCAGCAGCAUGUGGCUGCUGUAGCUGCCGAAUUCCGCCGAGUCUCGGACCGGAAGAUGCCAGAGACGACCAUGAGAGCCAUCCACGAGAACGUGUGGGUGACAGCCCAGCUCAGGCAGCUGACUGACAAACAAAAAGAGAUGCUGGAAGAGAACGAUGCCCUGAAGGCCAGAGAGAAGCAGCUCAAAAGAGAAAUGGAGAUCAUGGAGCCCCUGCUGAAUGAGAUGACCAGGAAGAACCUUGGGAAUCAAAAGGUGGUGCAGCAGCUGACGGAGAAGUGCAAGCAGAUGAUUGCGGAGGUUGAGAACUGUAAUAGGCGUAAAGAGGCGCACCAGCAGCUGCUGGAUACCCACUCUGCUCUUCAGAAAGGCCACGACGCUCUCAGUCAGAAACACAAUUCAGUUAUGGACGAACUCGACCGAAAGCGAGCUGAAGCUGAGAGACUGCAGAAAGAGCUCCAAGAGGAGAAGGCUCAGCGAGGAAGAGUCGAGGCAGUUCUUCAGGAGGCGGCCACUGCUUUAGUGGACGCCUUGAGGGAAGUUCCUAAAGAAGAGGAUUCAGAAGCACAGGCCCUUGCCCGGCGAGGUCACAUGAUGCAGAAGCUUCUGGACAUUCUGGACAGUGCCGUGGCUAUUGGCAAUGGUCCCGCCCCCUCUGACUUCAUCCCCACAGCAGACCUCACUCAAAAGCCCACAAUAAAGCCACGCAUGGAAAGCGUAACACUGGAUCUGCUGGCCCCAAUGCCAAAGCCUUCCUCACAGCUCUCGCACUUCAAAACCGGAGACCUGGGGCUGGUCCCGCGGCAAACACACACAUGCAGCACUGUCCUGUCCAAGACAGGACCUCUCACCAAAGGCACACAGCUUUAUCUGCAAAGGAAACAGCAAAGCCAGAAAAGGACUAAGCCCUUUAAAGCCUUAGCUGAGGGUGAAAUGUGUACCUUAAAGCCUGAAGCCUGAACCUUUCAGAAGAGGUAAAACGGCAUUGCUUAGAUGGCAAAACAAAGGAAGCCCCAUCUAGGUCCACAAAUGCACAAUAUUGACUACUCUGUAUUAAAUUAUUUGUGUAUUUCACUGUUUAAAGACAAUGGGUACCUACUGUAAAGAUUACUAAGUGAAUUAUUUAAUUAAGAAAAAACAAAACCCAGGCCCCAUUAAAUUUUGCUGCUUGUAAUAGCACA